UGUAUGCAGCCAGUAGGGAAUGACCCAUCUGGAUGUACUUUAUUUUAGGAUGAGCGAAUCUUCACACAUGCCUCGCCUCCUGGCCUGAGCUGGGAAAGAAGAAGACUAAGCGUCACCACCCGCAGAACGAGUACAUAACCCGACGCCACGGUAAUAAUAGGAGAACAGUUCAGCCUGAGACGUUCCCAGGGGUGGGUUAUCUGUUUCGAUUUACAGUGCCACUUGUACUUCGGUUAGUUGGCUGUCUCUUUACAUUUGAAGAAGAGAGAAAGUGGCCGAGAAGGAUAAAGAACUGGUGGAUACACGGAUAGUUAAUGGGUAAAAGAUGAGUGUUAUACUUACACUUUACUCUCUGGACUUUCUAGUCUCAAACGACCACUUUACUCAAAUAGAGAUCUUUUCCCCUCUGAUUUGAGAGAGAGAGACGUCUCGAAUCGUGAGUGAUGUGGAAAUAAAUGUGACGUGUGUGUGCAUUACUACAAUUUCAAUUUGGAUAACUAGUCCCCCAUUCAGCAAGAUCAGUCAACCAAUAGUCUCCCGUUCGACACGGGGAUACGAAAAUACUUUUAAGGGGAAAAAAUCAAUCCGAUCCUAGUGUCGACAGCGAACCCAUCAAUCCAUCCUCUGCCAUCCAUUAUCCAUCCAUAUUUGUCAGGCAAAUGUGCGAAAUCCUGCACACGAGACACAAAUAAGUAAAAUUAUACGGCUGCACUGCAAACAUCCCGUGUUACGUGCAUACGUUGGCGUCGGUGUCAGUCGGUAUUGGCUGGAGUGGACCGGACCAUUACUGAAUAAAACUAUGCGAGUAACAUUAUCAUUAUUGUCCACAUGUCCCGUACAGACGGCGGAAUUGAGGUCGUCUUCGGACUAUUUACUUUACCCACUGUUAUAAUUUAGUAAGAAAAAUAGUGUAUAAUUUAUAACUAAUAAUCAUCAUAAUAAUAAUAUGUCGACUACACCAGUCGUUGUCGCCUCCACAUCUUUGCAUCUAAUUUCCUCCCCGAACUAUUUAUUCGUACCUGAGAAUAACUCAACCAACACAUCGACGACGACUUUCUCCUCCUUAUUAGUGUCACUCGUCUCGGGAGAAAAUGAGACAACGGUUCCCAAUUCUGCGACUGACUCCUCGACGGAAGGAGUAAUUUCUUUGCAAGAAAAUUAUACGUCUACAAUAAGUCAUUCCCAGCUAGAAAAUGGGCUCGGCUUGCAGAUUCGAGGACUUUUCCAGCAAAAUCUUACCUCUGAGUGUCACACGACGUCCACACUGCUGACCACGAUGGGCGCUGGUUCGGGACAAAAUGGUCCAGAGACGAGUUUUCUCCUGACAAAUGAUACAUUCGACGAGGCCAUGGUGAAAAAUUCGGUCGAGUUCCUCCCCCUCGGUUUGGCCCUCUGGAUCGUGUGCUUGUUCGGGUUAGUAGGAAAUUUGUUGAGUGCGAUGGUCCUUCGAAGGCCGAAGAUGAAGUCGACGUACUCCAUUUUAACGUUGGGGCUGACCUUUUGUGACAUGGUGUACCUUCUGAUGAAGCUGCUGAGGUACGGGCUCCUCUCCCUGUUUGCAUAUUACGGGAUGACGAACAGUUAUACGGAGGUUAUCUAUCCAAUCUGUGGACCUUGCAUCAGGGCGUUGACGUUCACCUCUCAAUGUGGAUCCACCUAUUUUACUGUGGCGUUGUCAAUUGAUCGAUAUAUUUCCGUCUGUUGGCCGGUCAAGGCACGUUUUUUAUGUACAAAGAGAAGAGCAUAUCUCUUGGGGGGGUUGGUCAUGGUGUUUUCCAUUUUGUAUAAUGCCACCCGAUGGUUGGAAUUUUACACAGAGGUUUCCACCGUGUUUAACGAGACCUUGAAUGCUAAUGUGACCACAUACACAAUGGAGAUCUCCGCCCUGAGAAGGAAACCCUUGUACAAAUCCCUCUACAUCUUUUGGGGCUACUUUCUCGUCAUCUUUUUCAUCCCGUUUACAUCUCUGAGUUUUUUUAACUACAAAAUAUUCAAAGAGGUCCGCCGAUCCAACAAAGCCAGGAGAAAGUUGACCUCUUUCCAAAAGAGGGAAAUUUCUUUUGCCAUGAUGCUCGUCUCGAUCGUCGCCCUCUUCCUAAUUUGCAGCCUGGAUUAUCUCGUGAUUGACCUUUUGACCUAUUUCAACCAAGCCUACCCCCCAUUUUGGGACCAACUUGGCAAUUUCCUCCUCACGGUCAACUCUGCUGGAAACUUUAUCAUUUACUGCGCUUUUGGAAGAAAGUUUCGCCAAGAGUUUGUCGCCAUGAUGCGACAAGUUGUCCUUUGUCGGCGGGAGGCGAGACCACAAAGAGUAGAGUUUGGGUCGAUGAGGAUUAUCCCGGAUUUAAUUUCUGGAAAUGAAGCUGGUAUGCGGCCCGAAGGAGAGGUUGGUAUCGCUUUGGCCAGAAAUACAAACAAAUACUCUUCCGUUAGAUCAGAGUGUCACUGUCAAAGGACGGUUUAUUUAUAAAAAUAAUUCCUUAUUAUUCAAUCACAAAGUUUGUAACGGUGUUGUAACACGUGUAUCACUUCUUUCUUACAUAUUUACAUAUUGUAUGAGAAAGUUUGAUGAAAAUGUGUAUGAUUUCUUUAAAUAAUUAUUGCAUAUGGCUGUACGCGUAUGAAUCCGAGGAUGACUGCCAGUAAAGGAAAUCCUGUAAAAAAAUCACAAAUUACAUGUAUUAGCGAGAUAGAUAAAUAAAUAUUGUAAUAAUUUGUUUCAU